AUGAAGAAGUAUGGAUAUCAUCAAAGUAACUCGGAUCAUACCCUAUUUAUCAAACGUAUGGAUGAUACUCGUGAUGAUGUUGUUGAAAUGGGUAAAUUACAGAAGUACUUAGCCUCGAAGUUUAAGAUGAAGGACUUGAGGGCUUUGAAGUAUUUUCUGGGAAUCGAAGUAACUCGCUCUGCUACUAGUAUUUGUCUCUCUCAAAGAAAGUAUGUUUUAGACAUGUUGAUAGAAACUAGUAUGUUAGGGUGUGCACCACCCAAAACCCUUAUUGUGCAAAAUCAUCACCUAGCAAUCUAUCCUGAUCAAGUGCCACCCAAUAAGGGGAUAUAUCAGAGCUUAGUGGGAAGACUAAUUUAUCUUUGGCAUACUGAGCUAAAUAAUAUAUAUGCAGUUAGUGUUGUUAGCCAGUUCAUGUAUUCUCCUACCGAUGAUCACUUAGCGACAGAUAUGAGGAUUUUGAGUUAUUUGAAGAAAGUUCCAAGCCAAGGCUUGAUAUUCAGAAAACUGGGAAAUUUGGAUGUCAAGGGUUAUACACAUGAAAGUUAG